UUAGAGCUGCGUACUAGUGCUGCGUAUUAGUGCUGCGUAUUAGUGCUGCGUAUUAGUGCUGCGUAUUAGUGCUGCGUAUUAGUGCUGCAUUAUUCACUAGGCAUUUUAUAUAAAAAGCAUUAUACAAAAAGCAUUAUAUACAAUGCAUUAUGCAUAAUGCAUUAUACACAAUGUUUUUCUCACUAUAUUAGUGCUGAGUAUUAGUGCUGCAGCAAUUGUUUUGGCAUUGGUAGCACGCCAUACUAUAGUGUAUGUCUAAAGAGCACAUUGCAUGUUACAUGGUGACACGAGUGGAGCUACACGCAGCCGAGAGAAGAGAGAUAAACGAGCGAAAUGGUUGAACAAGUGGAAUUCCCGUUGCAACUAGCUGAAGAAGCACACAUAGAAGCAGCUCGUCCACUCAGAUUGCAGAGCAGGAUACCGCUCCCAAAGCCACUAGUCGUGAGGGGAAACAUAUCCCAAUCGUGGCGCGAAUUUCGACAGAUUUGGAAUUCAUACGAGAUCCUGGCCAACCUCAAACUACCAGUUAUGAAGGAGCACAGGAUCGCUACAUUCAUAACGUGCAUAGGACAAGAUGCUCUUAGAAUAUACAAUGCACUGCCAUUUGCAAACGAUGCGGACAAGAGGGACCUGGAUAAAGUUCUUGAAGAAAUGGAGAAGUAUUGCCUCGGGGAAACUAAUGUCCUCUAUGAACGUUUCCGUUUCAACCAGAAAGCUCAAAGAGAGGGUGAGUCUUUUGAUCAAUUCUUGACAGACCUCAAAGAAUUGGCCAAGACGUGUCAAUUCGGACAGAUGCAUGAUGAGCUACCGAGAGACAAAAUAGUAGUAGGUGUUAGCUAAA